GGACAACACAAUCGUCUUGCUGUUGAUUGCAUUCUGCAAACCAAACAAGCAAUCGCACAGUGAUGAUGAUGCGCCUGCUUGCUGAGCGUCGAACGGCCUUGGCUGCUGCGACCGCUGCUGUGAGAGCGCGCACGCUCGCCACAGCUCUUGGUGCACCAGCAGCUAGAGGGCUACACGCUGCUGCUGCUGCUGAUCCAAGGAAGAGGAGACCAGAGGAAGGAACAGGAUGGCGACAAGCCGGCUUCGCCGAAUCAGGGUCGAGACGCCAUCUUGCGUCAACUCCUCCGCCAUCCGCCAAUCACAAGCAGCAGAAGAAGAACAAGCUCUGGCUCCUCGCUUCCACCUUUGACAAGAUCCUCGCCAGAACAAAUGCGGUACCAGACCCGGAUAUGAGGCGGCUGCUGAGCCGCACGGGUGCUGUCGCGGCUUAUGUUGGCCUGGCAGCCACCGCGCUGGGUACCAUGGGCGUGGACACGUCUGCACUGGUUGCAGGCCUCUCUGUCGGUGGUAUCACCAUCGGCUUUGCCGCACGCGACCUCGCCAGCAACUACAUCGCGGGCCUCAUGUUGGUCACAUCCAAGCCGUUUCGCAGCGGCGAUCGUGUCAUCAUCGGUAGGGACUCGGACGGCUUCAUGGGCAUCGUCACGGGCAUCGACCUGCGCUACGUGCACAUCAAGCCACUAGACCCCCAGGAUACCUCGGAGCUGCUCGUGCCAAACUCGUUUGUCUUCUCCAGCGUCAUCCGCACAUACAACCCGCGGGUGGACCCGCUCGAGGAGGACGAUGACGAGAGCACCAGCAGCAGCAGUGGCAGCAGCUGGUUUCGCCGCAAGAAACAGGGCACGGCCAACCUUGCUGGGAGCACUGCCGAGCCAUCAUUGUCGUCACCGGACACGCUAGCAGCAACAGCAGCAGUGGAAGGCGGCGCUGUGGGUGGCGACACUGCAACAAGCGACGCGGCUGUACAGCAGCGCCCACGACUGCAGGAGCACACGCCGGAGUUUGUGGACGUGAUCAACGUGGCGUACCGCGAGCUGUCUGCGCUGCGGGAGACACAGCUACGCAGCAAGUACGCGUCCCUCCUUCGCGACGUGCCUGACCCCCACUGCCAGAAGGUGCUGCUGUGGCUGGCCAGCGAGGAGUCGCUCAGCAAUGCAGGCAGGCCCGAGUGGACAGACUUUGUCGCCUCCAACGGCGGUGUCGUGCCGGACUGGCUUCCCACAGCCUUCCGCACCGCGGUCACAAAGGCCGAGUGACAUGCAUGGGUGUGAUGUGCCGUGUCGUGUGUGCUUUGCUUGCUCCCUCCAACGUCGUGUCUUGCUUGCGAUGCAUGUGUUACCUUGUCACUUUGCAAUCAGAAGACAACAUCAGGAAGGACAGCAAACUCACUGACAUUCAGC